UUAGUAUUAGUGUUAUGGCGAGGAUUCCCUCGUUCCGGAUCACUUAAUAUCCGUAAUCCGGAUUACCCAUUCCAAUGUUUGGAUCGGCCAUUGAACAUUGGGCAAGUUUUCAUCGUAUUAGAUUGUAAACAGUCCGUGUUGUAUUGGAUAUACUGAUUUGUAGCGAUGUUUUGGUAUGAUUGACUGUAUUUGUAUAGGAAUUGUUUUAUCUGCGUGUGUGCCAAGUUGAUUAGACGGUAUGACAUCUAUGAACGAUGCGGCGAAGGCGUUGAAGCACACUUCACAGGGUUCAAGAGUAGGGACAAACCAACAACAGACAAGAGGGUCCCAAAACCAAUCCCGGCAGGGAAAACAGGGAGAGAACCCAACCCACGGGCAGCCACGUCAGGGAUCACUUCAGGACCAGAAUCUCAACCAAUCCAGACAGAGAUCUCAACAAAAUCAUGACUUGAACCAAUCCAGGCAAAAUCAUGACUUGAACCAGUCCAGGCAGAGAUCUCAACAAAAUCAUGACUUGAACCAAUCCAGGCAAAAUCAUGACUUGAACCAGUCCAGGCAGAGAUCUCAACAAAAUCAUGACUUGAACCAGUCCAGGCAGAGAUCUCAACAAAAUCAUGACUUGAACCAAUCCAGGCAAAAUCAUGACUUGAACCAAUCCAGGCAAAGAUCUCAACAAAAUCACGACUUGAACCAAUCUAGACAACAGACAUCCCGACAGGAGCCAAAUCUGAACCAAUCACGAUCCCAUCAUGUAGGUGAUGAGGGUAUAACGUCCAGACAUGGAAGUCAGCGGCUCCCUAGUCAGUUGGACGCUAGAUCUAGACAACGGACCCAGGAGGGACUUGGAACACAGAACAGAAACCGGUCAGUGAUGCAGUCUGCCGGGGGAUGGAGCAACAGAGAGGACCUCCUCCCUCAGCCUGAUGAGUAUCAGCAGGUUGUAACCCCAUAUUCCCAACGUCCAUCCCGGAGAGAGGGCGGAUCGACCAGGCCGUCACAGGUCUCUCAGGCAAACGGUUCCAGAAGAUCGGUGGCUCCUUCUUAUCGGGAAGAAGAUGAGGACGAGUAUGAUGAAGACGAAGAGGACGAGGACGAGGAAAGUGAUAAUGGAGACUUUGUGGACUAUUACCCUGAAUACGCCCCGCCCCCUUCAGUGAAGCGAAAAGGGGCGAGAGUGGAAACUGCUGAUAAUUACGAAACCUGCAGUUGUUUUCCGAAAAGGAAAAAUAAAAACAUUCCUUCCAUGGUUUAUGAAAAUAUCACGUGUGUUCAUAACGGAUUAAAAGGUCAAUCGCACGCAGGUGUUUACAGGUUCGAUGACAACUGGAUCGAAAGAGACGUCCAAACGGCCAACGAACAAAACGUGAGUGGAAAGAAAGGCAAGAAAAAGCAAAAAACAAUUAAUAGACCAAAGAUUAAGUACAUUUACGGUUAUCCCAAACCAGUCCUCCCUGCGGUUUCAGACGAAGAGGAGGAAGAUGAGGCUGAUGACGAUGAUGAGUAUUAUGAUGAAGACAUGUCUGAUGAAGACAUAGAUGCUUUAUCCACAAGGAGCAAAAAUCAAGCACGUUCACAAAGUUCCAAAAACAAAGAAAAAGCAUCUAAAAAGAGGAAGCAUAAGCAAAGAGAUAAUCUUGGUUCUAGGGUUGAAGAAAUGGAAGACGAUUACGAUGAUGAUGAAGAUGAUGAGGAAAAUCCUCAGGGUGCGCUUACGCGGGAAGAGGCUUAUUACCCGGUGGCGCUCCCACAGAUCGGGCACUCCCCGCCCCCGUCGCGAGAGAAGUCUCGUUACUCCACGAGAUCACAGAACGCUCUCCCGCCGCUUCCAGAAAGUCCUUUCAUUAUAGCCAACAAAAACAAGAAAGCGUCCAUAAAACCGACGCAGUCUGUCCGUUCAAACCACAGGGACCCGUCUGUUUCGUACCAGAGUGGUAGACACUCGGCCCCAGAUAUGCGAUCGCUACCGUCGCCCCGGCAACAGAAACCUAUCACGAAAACUAGACGGUUCCAAGGUGUUUACUUCGAUCCAGUUCGGAAAAGAGCCGUUCCAUACGACAUAUCUUGGAAUGGGCACCUCGAUCAGAAUGGUGGAAGAAUGUCCUCGCGCAUGCCCAAUCGCAUGAGAAGUAGUAGUCGGUAUAGCAAGACGGAUAUCCCCGAGGAAGAUGAUGAUUAUUACGACGAGGACGACGACGAUGAAGAUUAUGGAUAUGCAGACAAUCGAUGAAUAUAUCAAAGUUCCCAAUAUUUUGUCAUGGCUAUACAAUAACAGUGCACUAAGCUGGC